UAUUUAAAUUGCGUACACCGACUAAUUAUUUGGCUUAUUUGUAUUCUGUAAUUAUUUAAAGUGACUCGUUUAACUUUCUAAAUAGUAUUGUUUUAUACUCGGUUUAAAUUAUGUUUAAGUACGUACUUUUGUGCAUUGUAAUUUUGUUCAGUGUUUACUCAACUGAGCAAGCAGGAUUUUCAGUAAAAGAUCGCAUACAAAAAGUUAAUCAACUUGCUAAAACAUGGAAGGUAAUAUUAUAAUAAUUAUAUUAAUUUCUAUAAAAUGACAUAUAAAUAAUAAUAAUACUAAUAAUGAAAUACAUUCAUAGAUUUUAAGUAGAUUGACGAGGUUAGUUUUAUAAAAAAAUAAAUAACUUUUUAUCAUAUAUAAAUAUUAUUAUUAUUAUUUUUUUUUUUUUUUGAAAUAAAGGUUAGGUUGCAUCAACUAACUGAAAGCAAAUUGUUAGUCACUUUAAAUCUCUAUGAAUAUUAUCAUGAAUAAAAUCGUUAACAAAUAAGUAUCUUUUAUCUUAAGAAAAAAAUCGAUUAAAUAGUUAUGGCACAAAAUCUGAACUUGUCCAACCAGAACGAUUCUCUAAUUCGUGACUAAAUCUAAAAUAUAUUUAGUCACGAAGUAUCUACUAAGUCAUUCAUUAUUUGACGUCUUAAAAAUUUGUCGAUUUAUACGUCAAUAAUUUAGAAGACUUUAUAUUCAAUAACCAUCCAAACCAAAUGGAUUUAAACUGUCACUCAUAUUUUUGUAUAUAAUGUAAAAUGUUGUAUUUCAAUUUGGUUUUUAUAUUCUUCGAUACUUAAAAUUUGAUCUAUGAAUAUUAUAAAAAAAAAAAAAACAACAUUAAAAAUAAUAACGAAUAAAUUGUGAAUUUUAAUCUUCAUGCCGACAAAAAUAAAAAAAUACUCGUAUGUAAUACCUACAAUAUAUAUAAUAUCUUCUCUUUUGGUCAACUAAAUCACAAUCGACGACCUCCAUUAAGGACCUUUAAAAGGUAACUUAAAUCUCUAGCUACAUAACUGAUAUUAUGUUAAUGUUUUCAAUCUUUAUAAGUCUGGUGAACUUAUAAAAUACAGAAUUUUAAGAAGUUAAGUUUAAAAAGAAAAAUUUAAAAGAAAUCUGUAUACAUGUAUAAUAUGUAUUAUAUACACAUUCUAGGCUCAACAACAUUUCUCUCCGAGAGCGCUCAAAGAAUUCAUACAGACGUUAGGAUCGCUGGUCCUUAAACGUAUUCCUAAAAAACUAAUAAAAGAAAAUGAUCCAUUAUAUAUAAAUGAUAUCCAUAUCCCACCAACGUUCGAUGCAAGAAUACAAUGGAGUAAUUGUACAACAAUUGGAGAGGUCCGAGAACAGGGUAAAUGCGGAAAUUGCUGGGUGAUUAUUAAACAUAUUUCGUUUUAAUGAGAUUAAUAUUUAUUUACUCCAUAAUGAUGUAUUAUCGUAUUCAAAUGUAUAGGCUCAAGCCACUGCAGGAGCAUUUUCAGACAGAUUGUGUAUAGGGACAAACGGGCAAUUUAACAAACUUAUAUCCACCGAAGAGUUGACGUUUUGUUGUUAUAGUUGUGGUAUUGGGUGUCAUGGAGGCAACCCAAUCUUAGCUUGGCAAUACUUCAAAAGACGCGGUGUAGUCACCGGAGGAAAUUAUAAUACAACUGAUGUAAGUAUUAUAUUAAGUUUCACGGUUAAAAUAUCAUAGGUAUAUGACAAAACAAAAAUUAAUUUAAAAUCGUUUCUAAAGGGAUGUCAACCGUACAAAGUACCUCCAUGUCAAAUAGACGACCAAGGAUUGUAUUCAUGCAAUGAACAACCAAAGGAAAAACAUCACAAAUGUAUCAAAGGUUGUUAUGGAGAUACGUCGAUCGACUUUAAUAAUAAUCAUUGGAAAAGUAUGCAAUAUAAUACUUCUUUACAUAGCUUUAUUAUACAUAAUAAAUAAUAAUUAUCUAUUGAUUACUAUAUUAUUACUAUUGUUAUUUAUGGUUUUGUGUACUUCCAGCUAAAAAUGCAUAUUAUCUCUCUUAUGGAAAUAUGCAAAAGGAUGUUUUAGCGUAUGGACCAAUUGAGACUUCAUUGGAAAUAUACGACGAUUUUCCUCAUUAUAAAUCAGGUAAACAACACAAGAUAUGAAUAUACUACUAAUAAUUUUAUUUAAACUUUUGUAUAAACUUAUUGUUAUAAGGUAUUUACCAGAAGACUCCGGGUGCCAAAAGGCUCGGAGCACAUGCCGUCAAGUUAAUUGGUUGGGGUGAAGAAAACGGUGUACCAUAUUGGUUGCUGGUUAAUUCAUGGAGUAAAAACUGGGGUGAUCGUGGACUGUUUAAAAUUAUUCGAGGGCAGAACGAAUGUGGGAUUGAAACUGGCCCAACUGCGGGCGAACCAUUAGUUUAAAACGGAUAUUAUUAUAAUAGACUGUACAACUAUGUGUAACAAAAUAUAUAUUAAAAUCAACAUAA